UCCCUCCCGCAAUCCAGUUCUGUGAGCUCCGUGUCUCUGCCGCCACCUGCUCCCGCCUGGCCCGAUCGGAUCCGAGCCGAACCAUGGAACCCGGACAACCCCGGGAGGUCCGUGAACCCGGACCAGGGGCAGAAACCUCUGCGGCGCCGCGCUGGGAGGAGGCCAAGACUUUCUAUGACAAUCUCUCGCCCAAGAAGAAACCCAAAUCGCCAAAGCCUCAGAAUGCGGUCACCAUCGCUGUGUCCUCCAGAGCCUUGUUUCGCAUGGACGAGGAGCAGAGGAUCUACACAGAGCAGGGGGUGGAGGAGUACGUGCGGUACCAGCUGGAGCACGAGAAUGAGCCCUUCAGUCCCGGGCCAGCCUUCCCCUUUGUGAAGGCCCUGGAGGCUGUGAACAAGCGGCUUCGGGAGCUGUAUCCCGAUAGCGAAGAUGUUUUUGACAUUGUCCUCAUGACCAACAACCAUGCUCAAGUGGGAGUCCGUCUCAUCAACAGUAUCAACCACUAUGACCUGUUCAUUGAGCGAUUCUGCAUGACAGGUGGGAACAGCCCCAUCUGCUACCUCAAGGCCUAUCACACCAACCUCUACCUGUCAGCUGAUGCGGAAAAAGUGCGAGAAGCCAUUGAUGAGGGGAUUGCCGCUGCCACCAUCUUCAGCCCCAGCAGGGAUGUGGUUGUGUCCCAGAGUCAGCUCCGCGUGGCCUUCGAUGGGGACGCUGUGCUCUUUUCUGACGAGUCAGAGCGCAUUGUCAAGGCCCAUGGACUGGACAGAUUCUUCGAGCAUGAGAAGGCCCAUGAGAAUAAACCUUUGGCGCAGGGCCCCCUAAAAGGCUUUCUGGAAGCACUCGGUAGACUGCAGAAGAAAUUCUAUUCCAAAGGCCUGCGGCUGGAGUGCCCGAUUCGUACUUACUUGGUGACAGCGCGCAGCGCAGCCAGUUCUGGAGCUCGGGCCCUCAAGACCCUGCGAAGCUGGGGCCUGGAGACGGAUGAGGCCUUAUUCCUAGCUGGAGCACCCAAGGGCCCCCUUCUUGAGAAGAUCCGCCCACACAUCUUCUUUGAUGACCAGAUGUUUCAUGUGGCUGGGGCACAGGAGAUGGGCACAGUAGCUGCCCAUGUGCCUUACGGCGUGGCCCAGACACCCCGGCGGGCGGCUGCGGCUAAGCAGACUCUGGGUUCACAGUAGUAGGGUCACCUCGCUGUAGGCUCCCUGACAUACUUCCGAACCUCAUCUGGUGACCUUUCCUGGCGCCUCACUGUCCACCAUCCUGCCUGUUGCCCUCUUCCCUCUGCUCAGAUACUCCAAGGAAUUUAGGAAGUCCGGGCCAGCAUUCUUACAGUCCCUGCUGGGCAAACACCGCCAUGAUCCUGGCAAGGAAAGCAGGACUCGGCAGGGUAGUUUAGAUGUCGUGGAGAAAUUGGUAGGACCGAAAGCGGCACAGUCAGAGAAGCCAGGAUGCCAAAGGGCUUGGGAUGAAAACUGUCACAUGUGGUGUGAAGAGCAUUGUGCAGGAGAGGGUGGAUCAAGGCGUGGACUGCAGGACUUAAGUCCCUCUUUUUUGUAAGCCUCAGUUUACCCCCCUUUUAGGUGAUUUCCAAGCUGUCCUUUAGUCAAAGCUUGGAUGAUGCCCUAAAUGGAUCCUCCUGUGCCGGGGCUGCUGGUUCCUAUGGCACCUGUGUAGAUUACAAGAUAACACUCUGUCUAGGUGAAUGAAUGACAAAAAUGAUGGCCCUUCCUCUGGCCCAAGCCUGGCCAUAAGCUAGAUUCCAGACCUUCGCUCCUCAGCCCUUUAGCCCAUCAGAUGGAAAAUACGCACAGCCCUGUCUAUAUCUCGCCAUGUUUGGGAACUACUGCACAGGGUGACCUGUUGUUUCCUGUGACUUGCUAACCUGAGCUUACCCGACUGUCGGUUGCCAGCUGAAAGAUUAAUGAUGGGAGGAAUGUACCCUACGUGCAAAUUCUCCUCUAGCCAGCAGGGGGCACUGCAGGCUCCUUCUGGAUUGUGCUUUAGUGGCUUAACAACUCUGGGGGGGGGGUUCUUUGCUUUCAGUUUUUAGGCAAAGUUCAGCAGUUCUGCCUGCCAAGUUCCUCACCUCAGUCCUGGGUCUACCAGUCACUACUACCACCUACCAUGCUGUAAGGAAGGUUUCCCAGCAACAAAAGAGCACUCCAGCCCCAAAUAUGGAGAAACCACAGGCUCUGAGUGAGUGAUUGUCCAGGCUGAGUCUGAGGGCAAGCUGCUGCAGGGAGACCGAGAAGUAUCAGGUCUGAUCUUAUCUGAACACAAAGACACUAAGGACGUACGGCUUAGAGAGGGAUGCGCUGAACGUGCACCAGCCUGAUGCUGCUGUGGAGAAGGAAAAGCCAGUCAGAGAUACCCUGGGGGUGAUGAGCUGUCCCUGGGGUGCGGUUCAAAGGACUCUGGGAUGAACCGGCCCCAUGAGAGGUACCAGUGAUGACUCCACCUUUGCAUGAAACCAGGCAGCCCUGUCUUCUCCACAUGAUGAGCGAUGGUCACCUCCUCCUUUGCUAAACAGCCCUGGCACUCAGAGGAAGGGUGGAAGAGUGGAUGCUUGGUUCCCUAAGAAGAUGAGAAGGGAGGGGCAAGCAGACAUGUAUUUGUGCACUGAUUGCCUGGAUCCCACAGGGAUUUCAGCAAUGGGGAAACCCAAAGCAUCAUCAGAGGGCCAGGAGAGGGCCUGGAAAUGGGGAGAAGGGCAACCGGAGACUCUAACCUCUGCCUUUCUAGGCAUUUGACUCAGGAUCGGAACGAGAACAUGUUCUGGGCAGUGUGUCUCAGGGUAGCAGCUGCAGGAAGGAGCAUGAAGAAGGCUCAGGAGCUCCUGGAAAUGAGAACAAGCUUGGGCCAAACGAGAAACACGGGGUUGAGCGUGCAUCUGUGUCUGCAGCAUGUGGACACGGUUCCUGUCUGUGUCUGCAGCAUGUCUGCAGCAUGCGGACGCAGUUCCUGUCUGUGCAGCAUACAGAUGCGGUUCCCACCUGUGUUACAUGCGGACAUUGUUCCUGGAAAGCGGUGAUGCACUUGAGAUAGACAGAGCUGCUUUAUGGAGCCACUGGCAUUACCGCACCCGGGAGGGCACAAAGCGAAGGUGUUUUUGCACAGGGUCAUUUUCAUCAUUAUAGCCAGGACCCUUCCUGCCAGCAGAGGAGGCCUGGGGUAGAACAAAGUCUGUAAGGGGCUUCCUCCCCUAGUGGUUCUCCAUGCAACCUAAGAACAGCUGCAAGGGAAUGAAAGGGGGGGUGAGAGAGGAAGCUCAGCCACGGGGCACUUUCCGCCUUCCUUAGAUCAUACAGUAGCCUUCUGCCGUGAGGCCAUCGUCACCCUCUUGAAGGGUCCCUUCCUCAAGGCUCAGUCAGUGGCCACAAGAAGCUUGUAGAGAUGUGCAGAAUGCAGGUGUCCUUAGGGUGCCCAGUCAGAAAGACUGGGCUGAAGACAGCAUCAGAUGUGCUGGGAUGCAGGAGGCUUAGUAGCCAGGGCCUGGUCAUGAAUACGGCAAACCCUUCCAGGUUUCUCAGGAAACAGGAAUAGUACCAUCCCAGAAGCAAGGAGAUAAAGUGCAGUAAAAAGCUGCAGAUUUCACUGGAGACACCAUGAAUACAGACAGCCCUGGGCAGGGCAGAAAGGUCCAAAUUCUAUUACCGAAACCAAAAUUGAGCAUCUCAAGCCUGGACAAAAGCUUCUGGAGCUGGACUAAAAGGCCAGAAGUCCUGGGGGCAGGCUCCAGCUGCAGCCGCACAGUCCUCCUGAUGGACUCGAGGGCUGAAGAGGAGCCUGGCAGCACGAAGCAUUGUUUAUUGUGUUACCAGGAGAUUUAAAAACCAGCUGAGCAUCAAAGCUCCAGGCCCAACCUCAGACGGCAGCACUGGGGCAGAAGAGCCAACUGCCCCCAGAAUCCUGGACGUCUUUAGCUGGAAGCACCACAUCCCUGGGCCUAGCAGAACUCUCCUCCUAAGGGUGCUUGCCAGCCGAGUCCCAGGCCCCGUGGAACUGCCACUCAGCAGAACAGUAGCUCUGUUUGUUAUUACGCAUGGAGAUGGCUAAGAUUACUACAGAAUGCCCUUCGGGGGACGGAGAUGUAGCUGGGCAUCGGGCUCAGCUAGCAGAGUGCUUGCCUACUGAAUACAAAAGCCUGGGUUCAGCCCACAGCACUGCACAAGCUAGAUAUGACGGUGCACACCUAUAACUCCAACACUGGAGGGGUGGAAGCAGAAGGAGUCAGAAAGUCAAGGUGCUUCUCAGCUGCGUAGCCAGUCCAAGUCCAGCCUGGGCAGCAUGAGACCCCUUCGCAAAAAGAAAAAAGCAAACCCUUCCAUAUGUGACGGCCUGGCUACAUUAGUGGGAAUGCAGUAGAAGCUAGCAAGAAGUUCAAGUCCCUGACAGACUCGCUGCUACUACACUUCUGUUUGAUUGGCGUGCGCAGUAAAGCAAUGAUCAGAAUAUCAAAGCCCCUCCACAGCAUGUGGUAAAUAGCCCUGCCCCAAAUGUGUCCCUGGGUGUCCCUUGGUAACCUCAGAAGCCCUGGCCCCUCCACUGGGAAUCCUGUAUCUUCCUGUGAUCCAGUCUGCUGGAGGAGAUACCAGCGCUGUGGCCAUUUCUAUCCUCUUGAGCUAGCUGUCCAGGACGCAGUGAUUUGGGGACCUAUGGUAACUUGCUCAAAGUCGACGAGCUCGUAGGUGGCAGUGCUGGGACUAUCUGAUGCUGGGACCUAGGUAUCCAUCAUUUUCCAUACAGUGGCCAGAGAAGCUCCAUUCUGGAAGAACUCACUCGAAGCUGACCUGUUGAAAAGCUGGGACACAUUUGAGCAGGUGAAUUCUGGUUCGAGCCGCCUUGCUAACAGUGAUGGAAACUAGGGCAGUCCUUCCAAACUGCUUUUGAACAACUUCAAGCUAUGUGACACUCAGUUUGCAGAUCAUGGAGUUGAGCUAAUAAGGGUUGAGGCCAAAUUGGAUCCAUUUCCUGUUGUCAUAAAGAAGCUUCUGUCGUUUUAAACUCUGCGUCCACUGGGCUUAUAGAUACACUACAGUAUCAGAAUUCGAUGGAACCAAUGGAAACCCCAAAGCCAAAAGAAUACUUAUUAUCCGACCCUCUUACAGAGAAGUCUGCUGACCCUUGCAUCAAGAUAAACACCCUGGCCACUGGGACAACAAGGUUACAUCCUCCUAAGCAUUUAAGGACAGAAAUCGACUCCCUAGCUAAAGGGGCAGGGAGAGAUGGGGACUUAAUGACUAUCUAACCCUUUCCUGACACUCGAGGGUUUAAAAUUCCAAGUACUGUAAAUCGCAAGUUGGUUGAUGCAUACAUUUGACACAAGUCGGACUGAAUUCACCCUCUCAAGCUGACAGGUGAGGGACCAGGAACAUGACCUUGGCUACAGGUGGCCUUGCUGGUUCCCCAACACCCAUCUCUACAGCUGUCAUCUCAACUCCUCAUUGGCCCCCUGGGGUCUCUUGAGCCCUAAUGAGUGCUGGUGAGUGAAUGGCUGUGAAACGUGGGCUUUGAAUAAAGGGGAGUGCCCAGUGUUGACUCCAGCAGCUCCCAAUCUAGCGAGCCAUCCUCACUCGGUCUCUGAAAACAAGUUCUCGAGGGUCCCCGGAAGGCUUUGGCUCAGAAGGAUGCAGAGGGAGUGAGAAGCCAGAUUCCACUAAAAGGUGGACGUUUUCUUCAAGUAUGAGGUGCAAACAACCAAGCCACCCUUACAAUGGAAAUUUCUGAAUUCACUGCAAACAUGUCAAGCUGUCUCACCUGCCACAACAGCUGGUGUCACCCAUCAUGAGUCCCCCUAACAAAGCCCAGACUUGGCCUCGGGUUCUUCAUGCAGCUCUUCAGACAGCCUGUCCCAGAUGGAGGUGGCAUGAAAGAUGGAACCUGGUUUGCUACCUUACUGCCUUUGUGAACUGGACCAUUGCUUCCCAGCAGGCAGGCAUGGUCCUUAAUAUUCCUUCUCUGAUGCUGUGGUACGGCUCCAAGGAUGCCAGAUUCUCACCUAUCUCCAGCAGAG